AUGGAGUGCUUCUCAGAAGCUCCCCACAGUGGGGGCAGCCCCUGGAAGGGGCUCCUGAUCACAGCCUCCGUCCUCAGCUGCUGGAUCCAGGCCUCGUCUGCUCAAGGUGAUCACUUCGCUAUUGUGCCAACUCCUUCCUAUGGGACAGUGGGUGGCAAUGUCAUGUUGACUAUCCAGGGGUUCCCAGAUAAGGCUCUUGCCUAUUCUUGGUACAGAAAGUCAUUAGACUCUUCCAACUACAUCACUGUCUAUAGUGUUCCUUCUGGAGUGCAGAUACCAGCAAAUAUCAGGGAGAAGGUGUUUUCCAAUGGCUCCCUCCUCAUCCCCAACCUCAUCCUCAGUGACACUGGCCUCUACCUUGUAUCCAUUGUUGAUUCUGCAAGUGGCAAGAUACUAACAGUUCAAGAACAUUUAGCAGUGUAUGAAAAACCAGCAAAAGCCAAGAUCAGUGCCAACAGUACCAACGUCAUAGAGAAUGGCACUUUGGUCUUCACAUGUAGCACAGAAAAUGAGGGAAUGAAUAUUCACUGGUUCUUCAAUAACCAGCCCCUGUCACUCAGUGAGAGGAUGAAUAUGUCUGAGGAUAACCACACCCUCACCAUCAAGAGUGUGAAGAGGGAAGAUGCUGGGUCUUAUCAGUGUGAAGUCUGGAAUCCAAUUGGUGCCCACAGAAGUGACUCCCUCACCCUGACUGUGAACUAUGGACCAGACCACAUUGUGAUUCUUCCAAGCCCUGAGAGUGGAGAGAUUGAAGUCAGAUUCAAAGAACCAUUGAUCUUAGUGUGUCAAGUUGAGGCUUACCCAGCUGCCCAGUAUGAAUGGCAAGUCAAUGGCACCAUGAAGACAGAGUUCUCCCAUACCACCUAUAUCAUCAAAAGUGUAUCAUGGGAAGAUGCAGGAAAGUAUGUAUGUUUGGCAGAGAACAAUGUGACCAACUUAUCAGUCUCUAAGGAUGUUACAAUCAAGGUGGUUGGUGAGAACUCCAACUUGUAUGAGAACCCUUCUUGGAUAAAAGGCUCAGCUCCAUCUGCACAGGGCCUGGGCUCCUCCUCUGCUUUUCAUGAAGUCCCAUCUGAGAGUCCCUAUCAGGUAUUGAAUACCAUCACCUUGGAUGUUUAUGACAGGAUUGAGACCUUGAGGAACCCUCAAGCCUAUGGAAGAGAAGAAAGUCCCUAA